AGUGCGCAUAAUUUGAUGACGUUAUCCACAGCUGAAACACGUCGAUAAAAAAACAUACAUAUUUUUCUUGCAAUUUUAUUGUGUUUAAGCCUGUUGACAGUAAUCGUCGAGAUGUCAGAUCCUGCAGAAGAUCAAAAUCUUAAAGCAGGCCACCCACCUGCAGUGAAGGUUGGUGGUAUGCGUGUAACAACACACAAGAAGCCAGAAAAACCAGAGGAAGAAAAAUCAGUGGAAGAGGACAAAGAAGAAUAUGAAGUACCAGAAAAGACGGACAAACACCACCAGCAGAUAUUGUUAUCAGGGGCUAUCACAAAGGGUGACAAGGACUUCCCGGAAGCAGCUGUCCGUGCUAUUCAUGAAAAGCAACAUCUACCUACCCAUGAAAACAGACCUACGCAUUCACCUCAGAAAAUUAUUCAACAGCCAAGAAAGUAGACCAAUCACCUGAACUGUUCACAUCACCAUGGCAAUUUUUGGUGCAUGCUGGGAUAGGGAAAAUUGUAUUUUUGAAAUUUUGGUUGAAGGACUAUUGACUGUAAUUUUAGAGUAGAAAAGUAUUAAAGAACCACUGGGAUGGUACAACAAUUUUGUUCUUGUAUACUUCAUUUUUACUGUUUGGAAAAUAAAUGUAACUUUCAAGUAAUUUACAGUGAUUAUGCUGUAAUUGUAUAACUUUUUUAAUUUUUAAUUUUUCUGCCUAAAAAGGAAAGUUUCAAUAUUUUUAGCUCACAUGUCACAAAGUGACAGUGUGAGCUUUUGUGAUCGCGCAGCGUCCGUCGUCCGUCCGUGCGUGCGUCCGUGCGUAAACUUUUGCUUGUGACCUCUCUAGAGGUCACAUUUUUCAUGGGAUCUUUAUGAAUGUUGGUCAGAAUGUUCACCUUGAUGAUAUCUAGGUCAAGUUCGAAACUAGGUCAUGUACGGUCAAAAACUAGGUCAGUAGGUCUAAAAAUAGAAAAACCUUGUGACCUCUCUAGAGGCCAUAUUUUUCAAAGAUCUUCAUGAAAAUUGGUCAGAAUGUUCAUCUUGAUGAUAUCUAGGUCAAGUUCGAAACUGGGUCAUGUGCCUUCAAAAACUAGGUCAGUAGGUCAAAUAAUAGAAAAACCUUGUGACCUCUCUAGAGGCCAUAUUUUUCAUGGGAUCUGUAUGAAAGUUGGUCUGAAUGUUCAUCUUGAUGAUUUCUAGGUCAGGUUCAAAACUGGGUCACAUGAGCUCAAAAACUAGGUCACUAUGUCAAAUAAUAGAAAAAAAACGACGUCAUACUCAGUUCAAAACUGGGUCAUGUUGGGACAGGUGAGCGAUUCAGGACCAUCAUGUUCCUCUUGUUAUACUGUGUCUCGAUAACCACAAGCCAUACUUUCUAUAACAAAACUUUCUUAAAGUAGAUCGAAAAUUAAUUAUAAAAUAUACACAUUAUCUUCUGUGAGGAAGGGUUAUUUUCAAAUCUUAUACACAGUAUUUCCAAGUUAUAUUUCAUAAAAUUAAAAGACUUGUUUCACAUCACAACAUUUUGAAGAGCUUUUAAUAUAUUUUUUUUACUUUGCAAGUUUUUAUAAAAUCAGGGAGAAAUUAGUUCAGUCCAUCUGUAUAUAAUAUAAUUAUUGUGCAUGGGUUACAAAAUCAAAAGAAAUGAAAUCAGCUCUUUUUUCACAACACUUACUGGCAUUUAAUUUUCAGUUUAUACUAUACUGUGAUUGUUAUACUUUUGUUUUAAGUGAGAGAAAUAUCUUUAAUUGGUAUUUUGUGUGUUUAAAACACAGGAAUUAACAGUAUUUAAGCAUGCAUUUGUAAAUAAGAGUUUUCACCUGUUGUCACUGGAUAUCAAAGGAGAUGCAGGUUGGAAUGGUCAGUUCAAAAUCCUAAUUGUGUUUGAAACUAUAUCAAUGUUGUGAUAUAAAUAAGAUCAGGUUUACUUAAUUGAAAUGUUGAUGACCAUAUAACUUUUCUGUUCUUGUGAGUUCUCAUGAUUGUGCUUUAUAUAUUUUUUUCCAUAUUAGAUUUUCUUUACACUUUGUUAAAGUUGAUUUUUAUUGACUUGAUUCUAGUGUCACAGUCUUAAACUGUUAGAUGCAGGUUACAGGAUACAAAUUUAAUUUAAAGUCGAUAGUACAUAAAUAGACAACAUUAGCUAUUUGUAACUGACAUGCAAGAAUAGUUUCACCCCCCAAAAUACUUUUUACGCAGCGCAAAAGCUGAUUUUUAAUCAGGUUUUGAUAAAUUCAAAUAUUUCACAGGGUAAGUAAGUAAGUAAUGGCUAUUUCUAAAGACUAUACAUUGGGUGACCUCAUCUACUAUGUGGGCUGCAACAUAUAUACAGUAUAUGAAAUAUAUAAACAAAAAUUAAACGAACAUUAUCAAGCAUAGAAUAUCAUUAAUACGACAUUUUGUAAAUGUACAAUACAGGAUUUAGACUAGCAAACUCAAAAGUAAGUUUAUAAAUGUAUGGUUGCUUGAGUUAUACUGCGGUGAAUCAACAUUUAGGAAUUUUGAUACCACAUUUCGUAUCAAAUGAUACUGAUAAUUUUCCUUUAGAUUAAUUUCAUUAUAUUAAGAUAAGUAAUUGAUUUAAAAAAAAGAAAGGAAGUCAAAAAUUUUGGAAGUCUUUGAAAAUAAAACAGUAACCAAGUGGUAAAAAAAUUGAAAAUCUAGUAAACUGCCAAAAAGUGUAUGACAGAAAUUGGAAAUGUUUGAAAAUAGAAAAAAAAAUCAGACCAUAGAAAUCUGAAAAAUUCAGAACAAUAACAAAGAGUGUGUGAAUUGUAAAUUUUUAAUGCAGUUUCUUAAACAGUAAGUAUGUAUAUUUCAGUGAGAUGUGAUUCAGCCUCAUUUGACUCUGACAUUUUCAGUUUUCAUUUUGGUAAAAGGGCUCAUUAUUUCUGUUAGAAACCAAAAAAAAAAAAGAAGAUAUCUUCGUCAUCACUCAGCAAAUGUCAGUUAAUUUAUUAACACACAUCCUUCAUUGAGAAUUGUUUGGGAUCUAAAGUUCUGUUGGAAAACGGCUUCAGCUCUUUGUACAAGAGUUGGACUGUUUAUCUGAAAGAGAAGGAUUAGAAAAAAGUAUCUUUUAUGUCUGUGAGUUUCAUCAAACAGUGAAUAUGGUCUCUAUUUUAAGUACAACAUUCCUUAACCAUGAUAUAAUUGUUGUUGUAUGGAAACAAAGUUGUUCAAAGCCUGUAUAAGAAUUCUGCAUUUUAGUAGCAACAUGAUUAUGCUUGGCACAUGUGUAAGCUUUGUUGCAAAGACAUGAGAAUUAAGUUUUUCGACUUGAGCUCAACCACUGCCAACAUCUAAUAAUUUAUAUUAAGAUUCAGAAUUUUCAGCUACUUGGGACAAAUGUUAGGAUUUAGGCUUAAUGUGUUUUAUGAAAAUCAUUUAUAGUCUAUUCAUUUGAACUAUUUUGUAUUCUGUUAUUUGAAAGCGGGACAAAAAAUAUGAUAGUCGCGAAAGGACGUAUUUUAAAAUAAUGCAAGCAAUAUCGUACGACAGAAAUAUGUUUUAAAAAUUAAUACUUAGAACAUGGUAGAAUCUAUGAAAUGUUUUGAAACAACAAGCCCGUUAUGUACAUAAAACACUGUUUCUGCUAUUACUUACCUCUACCCAUUUUCCAUGUUGAGAAGUUGUUUUUAAGUUGUGGAGAAACUUGGUAGUACUGCUUUGAAACCUAAGAAACUAAUUAUGUUAAUUGAGGACAAAAAUAUAUAUGAAUAGUUGAAAUUGAUUUGAUUGGGAUAAAUCACUACAAUAUUGGCUUUAAGGAGAAGCUAUAUCUUCCAAAAAAACAAAACUUUUUUAAUAUACUUGUAUUGACUUCUCAUAAGCCGCUGUCUCAACAAGAAACAUAUUAUAGUCUUCCCAGGUGUGUGUGCUCUAGAAAAGUUGCAAUGUUUUUGUAAAAUACCAGAUUUGUGCAAUUGAUCUAUAAAGUGCUUCAGCUGUUAUUUUUGUUAAAGUCUUACAUCGGUUGCUUGUGUGCUUUACUUUAUAUUAUUUUUCUGUUAAAACUUGCAUAAUGUCGCAAAACCAUAGAAAGAACAUGAAUGAGUGUGUUUGAUGCAAAUAAAGGAAAGGUCACUUGUAAUCAAAGAAUAAAAUGUUUGUGUUUUAAUAGUUUAAACAUGAUGUUUAGGAUAGAUAAGACUUUCAGCAGUGUGUGUUGACUGUAAUAAUAUCAAAGAGUUAAGUGAGAAAUCUGUUAGCGCGACUAACCCACACAUUGUGAUUUGUGAUUUCUAAAAUAUUUUUUCACUAAAAGGCAAAAUGCCUCCACUGUUUCAUAUAUUUACAUGAAACUAAAUGAUUGAUCAGUUUCUAAUUUCCAGAAUUACAGGAACAUUUGGGUUUUUACAGCUUUUCUCAUGCAUUUUUAUAAACCGUUGCAUUUUUUGUAAACAUUGAUAAAUAUAUAAGGAGAAGAGAUAGUAAUUUUAGACACUAUCAUGACGCGGGCAGAAAAUUAAAGCCGUGCAUGUUU